CACAUACCGUAUUGCUGUGCUAACUCCCUGGGUCAUUGCUGGUAACCUGGUACUACCUCAGGUAGGUACAGUACUUUACCUUGUGCUACUAAGUUCAACAGCCAACAGUGUGUGUAUACCUCUACGGUAGGUACCGUGACGGCCGCUUCCUUCCUUCACGGCUAUCGGUGGCGCCUGGAGUCAAUACCCAGCAAAGCUUCUACGUCUGACUUUCUCCUCCCGUCUCCAGCGAGCGCCAAAUAAUAAGGCAACUCGAUGCCGCCUCGUCAUGUCGAGCCAAAGCAACACUGGAAUCCCGCUCUCGCACGCGCUCCACGGGGCGGCAUAUAAGCUCCUGGAGCUGCCGCCCGAGCUGCUGGAGCUCCUCGAAAGCGGAGACCCGCCCAUUCUCACCCUCCACCCUUCCGAAACAGCUGCCCUUCUCAAGACGCCCUCCAAGACAUACUCUUUACGGCAGAAGAACACAUCCAACGCGCUCAUCCUGCUAUCGCCACAAGGAGGAGGAGGAGGAUGUCCCCGGGAGAAUGACGCCAACCCCAGCGAUCACCACUGCGACGGUGGCAAUGGAGCCCGUGUGGUGCCACACACGGGGUUGACAGCGAUUGCCACAGUCCAUGAGACAAUCGAGCUGGUCCCCGAGGCUGAUGUGGCAGCUGUGACGGGGACCACGGCGGCGCCCAAGGCACGGGGUAAGUGGCAUGAGAAGUUCGGCAAGGGGCGGUGAGCCAUCGUAUAGCGGUGGAGGUGCGUGGUGAGUAAGGUGUGUGAAGUAGGGGAAGAGCGAAGGGGUGACGGAGGGAGGUGGAUGGGACGGGAUUCAGACGCAAGCUGGUUAUGUUAUAGUAGAAAUGGGCGAGCUGCCUCGCUGUUCCAUUGACCGCGAGAUGCUCUCGACUUGUGUUGCUGCUU